AUGAAACAAGAGUUCUUCAUUAUGUCCUUACUUAUUCCUGGACCAAAAUCGCAUGGAAAUAAUAUUGAUGUCUUUUUGCAACCUCUAAUAGAAGAGUUAAAUGAAUUAUGGAAUAUUGGUAUAGAAACCUACGAUGCCUCUACUAAGGAUAUAUUUCAAAUGCGAGCAGCUCUCAUAUGGACGAUAAAUGAUUUUCCAGCAUAUGGUACUCUCUAUGGAUGGUGCACUUAUGGUAGAUUUGCAUGUCCUUCUUGUAAUAUAAACACUCAAUCUAGAAAGCUCAAACAUGGCAGAAAGAUUUGUCACAUGGGGCAUCGCCACUUCUUGAAGUCAGGAUACAAAUAUCGAAAUGAUGCAAAAUCAUUUGAUGGGACUAAAGAAACAAGAUCUGCACCUUGUCCAGUAAUUGGUUCAGUAGUGCUGAAUCAAGUUAAAGAUACAAAAUUUACUCUUGGACAGUCAAGUGAACUGUCUAAAGACAACUUAGAGGCUCGAUUGGACUUGAAGGAGAUGAAAAUAAGACCAAGCUUAUGGCCUCAGUACCGAGCUAGUGGUAGAGCAUAUCUUCCUCCUACUUUUUUCACAAUGUCUCCGAUGGAAAAGGAGUUAUUUUAUGAAGCACUACAAAAUUCCAAGUUUCCAGAUGGCUAUGCGUCUAAUAUCUCACGUUGCUUUCGCAAACGAAAGAUAUCUGGGCUAAAAACUCAUGAUUUUCAUGUUUUAAUGCAAGAACUUCUUCCUCUCACCUUGCGGAGAUCAGUAGAUAAAAGAGGUGGAGAUUCAAGGUCUUAUUGUUCAAGAAAAUGCAGUGAUGAGAUUGAGCAUGAGACUAGUAAAGAAGAAUGUCUUUUUCCUGUUGUUGGGGAGUCGUACGGUGGAGUAGAUGUAUUUGAGUUGGAUGAGAAAAUAUGGUUGCAAGCACAUCGACAUGUGCUUUUCAAUUGCGAGUCAGAAGUGGUUGAGAAUUAUAAAAAGGAACAUAUUGCUGAAAUCAAAAGAGCACAUCUUAAGCGUCGUUUGACACAACAUCAACUUGACCGUGUGCAUUUCGAUACAUUCCAUGAGUGGUUCAAAGAGCAAGUAAAGGAGUUGGAAGCUACGCAUAACAUCUUAAAGGAUGUUAAAGUCCUUGCACGAGGACCGAGUUACAUUGCAAAAAAGAUUUAG